GUUCGUAUAGGUCCUUGACUCCCCGCGCAUAUUGAACGUCAACUUUUGCUUAGCUAUUUUUUUUUGUAUUAUACAGAAAAAAUUGGAGGUUCAAUUUGAAGGCAAAUAAAUCCAAAUAUUCAUUUGUAUAUUCUGAGCCUUUUCGAGGAAAGCUCAUUUUGAUUUUCUUCAAAGUUGACGAACGCUGUAUUUUAUCUUCCGCCACUUCAUACAAUUUUUUUUAUUUUGUUGCCAUUGUUUGAAAGCUAUGUUGUCGCUUCAAUCGAUUUUCGCAACUCUGCUCAUCGCAAUUCCUCAAUUAUCUUGUUUCGAACCUUCCGAACUCGUUGUUGUCGUUCUUAGUCAACAAGAAGGUUAUCAUGCGGCUCAUGCUAACUUAUUGAAAGAUCGAAUAAAAAAUGAUGCCGAAAUAUUGGACAAGGAACCACCGAAAGUUAUAUUAACACACGAAUUGUCGAUCAAUGGCUCCUGGACAUUUUUUCCACUUCUACAUCGUUUGAAACUUGAAAAUGCAGGAGCAAAAUGGUUUUUUUUCUGUUUGGACAAUACAGGAAUUCGACUGGACCGGUUGGUCAAGGUGCUGUCAAAAAUCAACGAAAGAAAGGAAAUUUGGGUCGGCCAUGCAAUUUAUGACAGAGAACCAACGAUUAUUCAUCAUUUUGCAGACCAUACUAAAAAAUUCAAAUAUCCAAAUACUGCAUCUGGCUUUGCAUUGACAAAACCACUACUGGCUAGCUUGAGUGAAAGAUUCAAUACCAAGGGUGGACCAAGUCAAGAUUUUUCUAUUGACGCAGCUUAUGAAUUUGCCCUUUUUGUUUUGAACUCUGGGAACGGAGUACGUUUCACUCAUGUGCCAGAAUUCUGUGUCGUCGCUAGCAAAGAUUGUGCCACUUAUCCAAGAUCAUUCCAUCCAUGUGGUGAACCUGUUUCGAGGGAAAACAUUUUUGUUGCCGUAAAGACAUGCCAAAAAUAUCAUACAGAAAGAAUUCCUGUUAUCACGAAAACUUGGAUGAAGCAUGUUUUUCAUUAUGGGUUAUUCAGCGACGAAAUGGAUAGCAAUGUAUCGAAUAUCUAUGUGGUGCCGCAUACAGAACAAGGUCAUUGUGCUAAAACCCAUGCGAUACUACAAAAAUCGUAUAAAAUUCUGAUUGAGAAAAAUAUCGACUGGUUAAUAAUUGUUGACGAUGACACGAUCUUAAGCAUGGCUCGCUUGACGCGAUUGUUGACUUGUUACAAUCCUUCGAAUUUGAUUGCCAUGGGCGAGCGCUACGGAUUUCGAGUACGAAACAGUACGAACUCGGGUUACGAUUAUUUGACCGGUGGAGCUGGAAUUGUUCUCUCAAAACCGUUGGUUCGAAAGAUCAUUGAAACGAGAAUGUGCGACUGUCCAUCACCAACAGCACCUGAUGAUAUGUAUAUUUUUGGAUAUUGUCUCAAUCUAAUCGAUGUACCCCCUGUUCAUUCACCACUUUUUCAUCAAGCUCGACCUUUGGAUUAUGCGACAGGUUAUUUGGCCUCGCAGGAACCAGUAUCCUUCCACAAAUUUUGGAUGCUUGAUCCUUACGAAGUUUACGAAAAAUGGUUUGCAGAAAUCGACGAAUCAUUAAAUCCACAAAAAAAAACUGAACAUACGGAAUUAUGAUCAACGAAUUCUCAAAUUCUAGACUGAUUGCACAUCGAAAUACAAUAAAGUUGAUUAUUCUUCGUAUUCGCGGGGUGCGAGGGGAUCAUUGCGAUAUUUUAUUAUUUUUUAUCGAAUAUUUGUAGUAGGCAAAGUGUUCGAAAAUUUGCAACAAAAUAUCUUGGUUUCUAGAAAAAUCACGAGUUUGCAGUUCGGAGGAUUUCAAUUAUCUGUAUUUUUUAAAAACGGCAGCAAUAAAGUUUACACGAAA